AUGCUUUUUACUAUAUUUAUCAUCUUAAAGGUAUCCUUAUGUGAUUGGAGAUUGAUUUAUAGCAAUUUUUACUCUGAAAGCAUUAGUACAGCAAAUGAUUGGGAUUUUAAAUAAAAUUGCUCAGUUAAUUAAAUACAAGGAUCAUCAAUAAAAUAAUGUGGCACUAACCCUUUAGAUUUUUUAAGGUUAAAGGAUGAUAGAACAAAAUUAGAAAAACAAUUUUACUAUCCUCAUUACUAAAUUAGACUAUUAACGGAUGUUAUUUAUUUUAGAUCUCUUCCAGGAACUAAUUCCUAAUUUAAUAUAUUUUUAGUAGACAGUUUUAGUUCUUCUUCCAUAUUUUAAAGACAGUACUAACAGAAUGAUUUAUAAAAAUAUGAAAAUGUUUGUUAGUACACUUGUGGAGGUGGUGGCGGGGGUGGUGGAUGUAGUAAUGUAGAUGAUAAAAGAGUAGAAAUUAAAACAGUAGCUUUAGACUCAAUAAAUCAUCAUACACCUACCUUCAACAUAUCAUAUUGUUAUAUGUAUUAGGAUUCUGACAUGAGAAUUGGAUUAAGAAAUAUCUUGCUAUAUGUGAAACCAUGUCAUUUUUCAUGUUUGUCCUGUUCUGGAAGUACAAGUUUAGAUUGCUUAACUUGCUAUUAAGGAACACUUUAAGGAGGAUUAUGUCUUUGUGAUGAAGCCAACUCAUAUGUAUCGCUACUAACGGGAUGUACUCAAGAAUGCAAUCGAGAUUAUUAUUUAGCAGAUACUUCGAAAUACUGUUAAUUUGAUCCAAGAAUAAAAUCAAAAGUAAGUUAUUUUACAUCGAAUUCACUAUCAAAUGGAAACCUAUUGCCUUAAGACCCAUGGACAUUUAUACCUGAUCCAUUCUACCCAAGAAAUUAAUAAAUGUUAUUAUCCUGUGGCGGAACAGAUCUCAUAGGAAAAUUCUACAAUUAUGAAGGAAUUUAGAUAUAACUAGCUUAAAAUAAAGCAUUGAAGUUUAUUAGAAUAAGAGCAUCUUUUUACUUUAACGGUUGGCAACCAGAUUCCUAACUAAUUAUUACAGCAGAUUCUUAUUCAAGAGCUACUAUUCUAAAAACAGCCACCAAUUAUACUUACACUUAAUCAAGUUUAUCGUAUUUUAGCAGCCUGAGUUGUUCUGGACUCAAUUAUGAUUUAGUAAGAAUAGAGACAGUUCUAAAAACCUAUACUUAUAAUCCAGUUAUAAAAUUUCAAGCAAUAACAGGGUUAACAUCUGAAACUUGGGCUUUCAGAAAUGUUACUAUCGAUUAUGGAUUGUGUUAAAGUAACUGUACAAGUUGUGAAACUUAUUCACGAUGCCUGAUAUGUGAUUCUGGUUAUUAAUUAUACAGAGGGACAUGUGUAAGCAGUUGUCCAAUAUACUCAAUUUUGUUAACGAAUGGAACUUGUUAAGAUUAUGAAGAUUUAAUUGAAAAUAGUCGAUAUUUAGUUAAAGCAUUUUAUGAUAUGAAUACAACACUGGAGAAUCUAGGGGAUAUUGUGGAUAAUUUUACAGAUUUGAGCAAUGCUAUUUAAACUUCAUUUACUGGUUAAUUAUAUUCUUUCGUUCCAUAAAAAUCAGUAUUAGGAGGUGUGUUAGUUUGGAAAUCAGGAAAGUUUAAAAAAUCGUUUUAUUCGCUUCGUCCUCACUAUUAAGUGAGUUAUAGGCUAAAUUUCACCUUUGGAGAUGAAAAUACAGGUUGGUUUAAAUACAAAUUUCAUUCUUUCUAAUCAGCCUCAAUUACAAAUCCAAAUACUGGCGCAUACAAUUCAGUUGGAGGUAAUAAGAAGGAGACUACAAAGUAUUAUGAAAUCAUUUAACAAUCUCAUACAGGUAGUUAGUUAGACAUAGAAUUAUCAGCAGAUACAAAUCAAGCAAAUUUACAAGAUGCCUUCAUGUAUGUUUCAGAAUACUUUGUGGUUGUUCACUAUUGUGCUCCUUUUUGUAGUGGUCUUUGUCAUGGACCAUUAAUCGGAGAUUGCGAUUCUGUAUACACUGGAUUUAAUACUACAAAUUAUUGUGCUUCAAAUGAAUAUUUGAAUUUUGACACAAGCACUUAAGUCUAUUCUUGUUUAACUUGCUCCUUAUUAGGAUGUAAUGAAUGCUAAAGUUCAACAGUAUGUACUCGAUGCGAAUUCACUAGCACUAACCAAUUUUACUUGGCCUAAGGCUAAUGCUAAUGUUAUCCUUCAGCUUUUUUGUCAGGUACAUAAUGCAUUUAAUGUGAUAGUUAUUGCGAAAGUUGUUUUGGUUCUAAUAGUAACGAGUGUUAUAGUUGUGUCACUGACUUUCAUAGAUCAAUAUUUGAAUUUGAAUGCAAUUGCAUAGAUGGGUAUUAUGAUGAUGGAUAUAAUCUCUAAUGUUUGCCAAUAUGUGGUGAUUAAUUAGUGGUAGAUGGCGAAGAUUGUGAUGAUGGUAAUGAUAAUCCUUUCGAUGGUUGCAAUUAAUGUUAGUUAUCAUGCUAAGAAGAAUGCUCCUAUUGUUAAAGAGGUAAAUGUUAUGAGUGUAAAGACAACUACAUUUUGAUAGAACCUAUUUAUUACUGUAUAAAUAAUUGUGGAGAUUAAAUUAUUGUUGGAAUUGAAGCAUGUGAUGAUGGAAAUAUAUAUCCAAAUGACGGUUGUUAUGAAUGUUAAUUUCAGUGUUAUGAGCACUGCACAAAUUGUUAUUUUGGAAUCUGUUUGGAAUGUGAUUAAGAGAAUGGAUGGUAUUUGACUGGAAGUAAUUGUGAAUCAGUUUGUGGAGACAAUAUCAUUGUUUAUGGAUAAGAAGAAUGCGAUGAUGGUAAUUUUAAUCCCUUUGAUUUAUGUGAUUCCUGUGUUUUAAGUUGUGCAGAAUUUUGUGAUCUCUGCACUGAUGGUAAAUGUUAGAAAUGUAAGAGUGGAUUCUAAUAUAUUGCUAAAACUUAAUAAUGCAUUCCUAUUUGUGGAGAUUUCAAAGUUGUUGGAUACGAAAAUUGUGAUGAUAACAACUUUGUACUAUUUGAUGGAUGUUAUCAAUGCUAAUUUAAAUGUUAGGAUUCCUGUACAAAUUGUUUGAAUGGUUAAUGUUAUGAGUGCAACACUUAAGGGUGGAUAUUGAAUCUAUCAACCUUAACUUGCGAGUCAGUUCUUGAUGAUAAUAUUAUUUCUGAUGAACAAUGUGACGAUGGUAAUAUUACACCCAUGGAUGGAUGCUUUUAAUAGUAAUAUGAAUGCUAAGAUUCAUGCAUUUAAUGCUAUCUAGGAUAUUGUUUAGCAUGUUAAUCAAAUUGGCAAUUAGAUAUGUUAUCUCAUUUGUGCUUUCCUAUUUGUGGAGAUGGAAUGACAGUUGGCGACGAAGUUUGUGAAGACUCUAAUUCUUCCAUUUAUGAUGGAUGUUAUUAAUGUUAAAUUUAAUGUGAUUAAAACUGUUAGAUUUGUGAUUUCUCUGUUUGCUAAGUUUGUUAAUUAGGAUUUGCAUUAGUUAAUAAUCGUUGUAUAGAAGUAUGUGGUGAUGGAAUUGUAGUAGAAUAAGAGGAAUGUGACGAUCAAAUUAAUGAUUUAGAUUAAAUAUGUAAUCAAUGCAAAUAUACAUGUAAUGUUGGUUGCAAAGUAUGUGUGUCGGGUAGUUGUGAAUUGUGUGAAGAUGGAUAUUUACUAUAAGACUUCUAAUGCUAAUCUAUAUGUGGAGACAGAAUAAUUAGUGGAUCUGAAUAGUGUGAUGAUGGCAAUUCAGAUCCUUUUGAUGGUUGUGAUUAAUGUUAAUUGUUAUGUCAAUAAGAAUGUUUGGAUUGUUAAUUUGGCAAAUGUUAUGAUUGCUAAGUAGAAUAUUUAGUUGAUAAUUAUUAAUGCGUUGAUUUGUGUGGCAAUGAAGAAAUUUCUAAGAAUGAAUAAUGUGACGAUGGAAACUUAGAACCAUAUGAUGGAUGCUAUAAUUGCUUAUUUUCAUGUGACUAAAAUUGUUAAGUUUGUUAAUCAGGAUACUGUCUCCAAUGUAAAAAUGUUCAAUGGCAAAUAAAUCCUAUUGAUUUUACAUGCCAACCAUUUUGUGGAGAUACAUUUGUUGUUGGUUCAGAAUAGUGUGAUGAUGGGAAUGAUGUUAGAUAUGAUGGGUGUUAUGAAUGUUUUUUUGAAUGUUAAGAUUCUUGUAUUAGUUGUGUUGAAGGGGAAUGUUAGGAAUGUGAUGUUGGAUGGGAUUUAAUAAACAAAUUAUGUACUCCAUUAUGUGGAGAUCUUCUGAUUGUUGGAAAUGAGUAAUGUGAAGAUGGCAAUGAUAUAUAAUAUGAUGGGUGUUAUGAAUGUUAAUAUCAGUGUUAAGAUGAGUGCACAUUGUGUAACAAAGGAGUUUGCUAAGCUUGCGAUACAUUGGGAUGGACUUUGAUUCAUAACUAGUGCUUUCCACUAUGUGGAGAUGGAAUAGUUAUAUCUCCUAUUGAGUAAUGUGAUGAUGGGAAUUAGUAAUAAUUCGAUGGUUGCUAUGAUUGCAAUUAUUAAUGUUAGGAAAUUUGUGGUGAGUGUAUAGAUGGAAAAUGUUAUAAAUGCAAUGAAUUAGGAUGGUUAGUAGAGAAAUUCAUUUGUGUUCCUUAUUGUGGAGAUGGAUUGGUAGUUGGAAAUGAACAAUGUGACGAUGGAGCAUUGGUUUCAAAUUCUUGCAUUAAUUGUAAACUAUAUUGCGAUUCAUAUUGUAUUGAUUGUAAUAAUGGCAUAUGUAAUUCGUGUGAUGUUGGAAGAUAUCUUGAUAAUAAUUUAUGUUUACCUUUAUGCGGAGAUGGCUUGUAUGUACAUGAAGGUUGUGAUGAUGGAAACCUUGAAAAUGGAGAUGGAUGUUCUGAUACUUGCAUGGUUGAAAAAGAUUGGGUUUGCAUCAAUACAAUAUUUAUGAUUAGUACUUGUUUUUAUUCGGUUUCUCCAUAAAUGAAACUAGAAUUAUUAACUCAAAAUCCAGAGAAUGUUGAAAAAGUCUUAAUUACUUUCAAUUAGCCUAUGGUCCUUAAAUACAAUGAGAGUUUUGACGCAAAUCAUUAUUUUUAGGGGAAUGUCUCAAAUUUAGUAUUUGAAUAAUACUUAAUUGAAUUUAAUUUCACAGUUUAACCAGAAUAUUAAACUGCAUAAGCUAUUUCAGUAUAGGCUACUAUCACAUUUUAUGAGAACAUUGAAGAUCCUAUUUUAAUUGUUAUUCUCAACUAGACAGCCAUCGUUUCAGAAUACUAAACUAUUGUGGUUGAUAAUGAAAAAGAACUUAAGUUAAAAACUCCUAUUGUUAUAUCUUAGGGUUUGUUAGAAUCAUCACAAAGCGCUAAAUCCUUUACAAAUACUAUAAUAUAUUUUAUGGUUGCUUUGUCAGCUCUGUGUAUAUUGACAGGCUCUUUUGAAAUGUUUUGGAAUCUGAUGGAUUUACUACAAUAUUUAUCAUACAUCAAAUAUGUAAACAUUCAAUUUCCUGCUAAUUUAAACAUCUAUUUUGAAGUGUUUAAAUUGAUAUCUAUAUAGCCAAUAAUGGAUGCCACUGGAAUCAGUGCAAUUUUUGGUUUAUUAGAUGGAAACGAAGAUUAAGUAGUGCAAACAUCUGAAAAAUUCCUUGCAGAUGAUAUAAAUGGCUAUUUUUAUACAAAUUUCUAAAGUUCUAUCUUCUGUCUCAUAGGCCUUUAUCUUGGCUUCUUUAUCGCAAAAUUUAUGACAUCAUUAUUAUAUAGAAUUGGUCCAUAUCAUAUAUCCUUAACAGGCUAUUAUGUAGGAAAAGUCAUCUAUGUUUUGAGAAAUCUACUAAGAUAAAGCAAACAGGAGUUUUAUUAUAAUGGAAUACUUCGAAUGGUUAUGUCAAAUUAUUACGACAUAAGCUUUUCUGUUUUUAUUCAACUUGUUAACUUCAAUACAACAUCAGCAAUAUUAAGCAUUAAUUCCUAUGCUGCUCUAAUUGUUUUUUGUCUCUAGAUGGCAUUUUUCGCCUAUAUGUUAACUAAACAAAUCUCCUUUUCCAAAGAAAUGACAGUAUCAAAAAAGGAGUAAUAUUCAGCACUUUUCGACGGAAUUGCUGAAUCAUAGAAUAUUUGGGUAACACAAUACAACACAAUUCUACUACUAAAAAAAUAAAUUUUUAUUUUUUUAAUUGUUUACAUGGAAUAUAAUGGAACUUUAUAAGCAAUUAUAAUUGCAUUUAGCUAAACAAUAUUUUUAAUUUAUGUAUGCAAAUUAAAACCUUUGAGUAACUUAUAUGAGUAUUAUAAAAUAUUGGUGGCUGAUUCCUUCUUAGCCUUUAACACAUUGCUCUUUUUAGCAUAUGCAUACAGAAUUUAGCUUAAUCUGUCUAUUGAUGACUACUUAUUAAUAGGCUGGUUUCAUAUUGCAAGUUUUAGUUUUAUCCUUGUGUUUUCCCUUUUAUGCGACUUAAAAAAUUAGGCUGCUCAGAUCUAUAAAAAAAUAGUGGCUCUUCUAACAAUUAAAGUACCUGUAUAGAAUCAAGGAGCCACAGUGAUAUUUUAUUGA